UUCUUUAAGGCAAGAAGAAGGGUCACAGUGGCGUUUUUACUUAACCCAUUCCCAUUCCAAUUCAAUUUCCUUCAGUAACCCUAACCUAACCCUAAACCAAAAAUUCAGAGGCUUUCUGUUUUGUGUCUGUCGAUGCUCCGCGUUGGUGCUGCCAAGGCUCAAUCGGAGAGGAGGGUUCCUUUGUUAAAUGCUCUCUCUCUUCUCUCUCUGCUUUCCCUUUUCUCUUUUCAUGUCUUCAAUCACCGCAUCUGCCUCUGCUCCUUCAGGGUCUCCAAAAACCCUACUUUUUGAUUUUCAUCCCAACCCUUUUCCUCUUUUCCAUUCUCGUCCUUUGAUAAUCAAUUUCAGCCUUUUGGGUUUCCAACUUCCAUCUCCUCACCAACACGACUGAUUCUAAGAUGCUACUAUUUGGGUCAUUUACUGAAGAUGAAACCCGAUCACUGCUGUCAAAGCAGUCUUCUGGGAAAAAUGAAAAGCCUGUGGAGAAGAAUCAGCUGCAGUUUGGAUCUCUGAAUUCUGUUACUGUUGAGUCAAACAACCUGCAAAACUCAUCAAAGGCAUCAGUUAGUGCACCGCCCUCUGAUUCUCAGAAAUGUAAUGGAGUGAAAAAUGAUAAUGAUAGUUCAUCUGAAGUUCCAGGAGCAAUUAAUGAGAAUGGCAGCAUUACCAAUUUCUCCCCUAGCCCCACGAGUACGAGUAGUGUGAAUGAAGUUGACGAGAAAAAUGCAAAUUCUUUUACAUUACUUGAUGAAGAUGGUCCCUCAAACAAGUUUUCAAAAUUGAGCCUAGAUGCUUCCGAGACUGAAAACUCGAGGAAUGUACAUAAAACUGGCAAUGGAGAUGAUUCUUCAUUAAAGUUCUCCCAUCGAGAACCCGCAAAGGCACCUAACGGGCAUGCUGUUCUGCCUGUUAAAGACAUACUGCCUCGAGGCCUUAUCAACUCUGGGAAUCUUUGCUUUCUUAAUGCAACCGUGCAGGCCCUGUUGUCAUGCUCACCUUUUGUUCAUCUUUUACAGCAAUUAAGAACUCGCAACCUUCCUAAGGUUGGAUAUCCUACAUUGACAGCAUUUGCUGAGUUCAUAACCCAAUUUGAUAUGCCAAGCAACACUAACAUAAACAAGCAAGAUACGGAUAUGUUUGAGUCUGGAAGGCCAUUUUGCCCUGUUAUGUUUGAAAGUGUUCUAAAAAAUUUUACUCCAGAUGUGCCAAAUAGCAUUUCAGGAAGACCAAGGCAGGAAGAUGCUCAGGAAUUUCUGAGCUUUGUAAUGGAUCAAAUGCAUGAUGAAUUACUGAAGCUGGAAGGACAAUCUUCAAGUCUUAAUGGCACUCAAUUUUCUCUUGUUUCUUCUGUGGAAGAUGAUGAAUGGGAAACAGUGGGGCCGAAGAAUAAAUCUGCUGUUACAAGGACUCAAAGCCUUCGCCCAUCAGAAUUAAGUAGUAUUUUUGGAGGAGAGCUUAAAAGUUUGGUGAGAGCUAAAGGAAAUAAGUCGGCCUUUGUUCAACCAUAUCUCUUACUCCAUCUUGACAUCUAUCCUGAGACCGUACACACUAUCGAGGAUGCACUACGCUUGUUUUCUGCAUCAGAAACUCUUGAAGGGUACCGGGUAUCACCCACUGCAAAGGCUGGUGUGGUGACUGCAAGAAAAUCUGUACAAAUAGUGACGCUUCCUAAAAUAAUGAUAUUUCACCUGAUGCGUUUUGGUUACGGAAGCCAGGGAAGCAUCAAGUUGCAUAAGGCCGUGCAGUUUCCUCUUGAGUUGGUAUUGAGUCGUGAUUUGCUUGUUUCACCAUCUACUAAGGGUCGAAAGUAUGAACUUGUUGCUACAAUUACUCACCAUGGAAGGGAGCCUUCGAAGGGGCACUACACAGCUGAUGCCCAAUACCCUAAUGGUCGGUGGCUACGAUUUGAUGAUGCAUCUGUCUUUGCUAUUGGAACAAAUAAGGUGCUGCAUGAUCAAGCCUAUGUCCUUUUCUACAGACAGCUGUGA